GGCCAAAGCAAGGACGGGAGUGCACCUCAUCGUGCGGACGGCAUAUCACUCGAAAGACAAGCGAGCGUCGCCGUGGAGGUGUAUAAAGUACAGCUAGGCAUCUGUGAAUAGAAGCUGUACAGGGACAUCUCUUUUCCCCAAAGUAGAGCUCAUCCACCAUGGCGCCCUUUAUCGUCGACAACGAAGUCAAGCUUCACGCACUGCUCACUCUCAUCACAAAGCGUACGCGGGCAGAACAGGACCAGCUGAUGUUUAUCGACCUCGAGGGCGUCGAUCUCGGUCGCUCAGGCACGAUCGCCAUUAUGCAGUUGUUGAUGCCACCCAGCCCGAUCGUCUACCUUGUCGAUGUUCACCAGCUUGAAGCGAAGGCAUUCGACCUCACCACGGCAGACGGAACUAGCCUUCGAGCUGUGCUGGAGUCUCCAAACACCUUCAAAGUCUUCUUCGACAUUCGCAACGACUCGGAUGCCCUCCAUGCCCACUUUGGCGUCAACGUCGCCGGCAUCAUCGAUCUCCAGGUCAUCGAGUUUGCCACCAGGAAUCGGAGAGGCAGAUACGUCAAUGGACUGGCCAAGUGCAUUGAAAAAGACCUACCCCACAUCCCAGGCUGGUCCCUCGCCAAAGCCAAGGGGCGGCGUCUGUUUGCACCCGAGGCAGGGGGAAAGUAUGGGGUCUUCCUCGAGAGACCCCUGCCGGACGAGAUCCUCCAAUACUGUGAGCAAGACGUGAUGCUCAUGCCUCGACUCCUCGCGGUAUAUGGCGGGAAGCUGCAAGCUGGUGUAGCCGCACAGCUCCAGGGAAUUGUUGAUGAACGUAUUCGACUGUCCAAGACCGACACAUUCAUCGGCAAUGGCCGACACAUGGCAGUUGGGCCACAUCUGGGACCAGCACGGUAUCUAAAGGUGUCGACGAGCCGCGAACUACAGCUCGUCCGUUCGGCUCGACUUGUUCAUUUGUGUCGCCUCGACGAUAGCUGCAUCGAUGAUUUGACCAGUCAACUCGACGCCGUACAUAUCAAUGCCAGAGAAGCAACGGCCUCAGCACCCGAGGCCUCGAGCUUGACGCCUGUGACAAGCCCGAUCGUUCAAGAUGCUGCGAGCUCGUCGAGGUCACCGGGGAUCACUGUGUCCAAUAAACCUGUAGCUGACGAGGGCGAAAAUGAUGACCAGGACGAUGACGAGUACGCGGCCAUGGGCCACAACAGUGAUUCUGAUCCAGGACACAACAGUGAUUCGGAUCGAGACUACACAGCCUGCUCGGCGGAGGAUUGCGGGUAUUGUGGGAGGUGUGGCUAUUGAUUUGAGCACCGGCGAUAGCUCAAGCUAAGUGUGCAUGCCGUCGAAAUGGUGAUUCGGGGCAAAGACAAUAUUCAGUCCUUCCCUCGUGUCUUCGUUUCGCAAACGUUUCUUCACCGUUG